GUGAGCCAGAGAAGCUUUAGCCUGUGCAGACACAUCAGUGUGUCCUCUGCAACACCGUCAGAACUUUACAGAGAAGUUAGACUGAGUGUGCGACCGACGGCUCGUCUGAGUGUCAGUGAGCUUUGGGAUCACAGCUUCUGGGAUGCUCAGUGUUGCCACAGGAGGAAGGACUCUGUCUCCUUGUCGGGAAUAGCUGCUCCCGACAGACCACCUCCACCUGCCCAGAGCCCAGUCUCCUCAGCCACCAGCCAAGGGCGUCCUCGGCUUUUAACCCGCACCCCAUCAGAGCUUGAGUGUUGCCAGUCUAACGGAGCACUUUGCUUCAUCAACCCCCUCUUCAUAAAGAUUCACCAACCAGAUGGUGACCACAGCACCGCUUCAAAUCACACUGGUACAGCAAAGCAAGGCCUGGGGGAGGAAACCGUCAGAAACAGCCUAGAAACCAACAACACAGACGAUCAACACCCUUGCAGUCAUCAGGUCUGUAGUUUAGAGCAAAGUGACAGCAGCCAUUUUGCUCUAAGAAACCUCGAAAGAAACACAGAGUUACCAGACGUUGACAGCCAAACCAGCAUCAGCGGCAGCAAGAAGCUAAGCGCUGCAGACUACAGGCCACGGUUCCCGCCUCCACGUCCACCCCCGCCUCGCAUUGUGCUGCAACGCUCAGCCCCUCCUCUCCGACAGCGCAGUAUGCCGGAGAAGAUUGCCUGGAUCAACAUCCCCAAGGAGAAGAUAGAGGAGAAGGAGAGGGGCAGCAGCCUCCUUUCUCGUCUGGGCUCCUCACUAAGCAUCAGCCCCUCGUCCUCCCCUCCCAAGAGAUUUAGCAUCAGCUCCCCCAUAUCCAUCCCCCGGCCCUCCCUGCCCAUCUCUCUAUCAUCUCUCUCUUCCUCUCCACGCCGGGCCAAGGCCUCCCCAUCAUCCAGCCAGGAAGAUGCCCAGUGCCACCUGGCACUGGAGGACCAAACCAUAGAGAAGGCCCUCAUUAGGGCCAGACUGUCUCGGUGUAAUGCCAUCAGAGCAUCCACCCAGGGCUACAGUAGUCCUCCAAACCCUUUGCUGAUGACACCAAGCAAGCAGGCAGAUGAGACUGGAGGAGAGGAAGAAGAAACAGGUGAGGAAUGCAGUGGCGGCGGCCAGCGGCUGAGCGACAUGAGUCUUUCUACAGAUUCCUCAGACUCUCUGGAUUUCUCUCAGUCCUCUGCCUUCUUCCUUCCCCCUCUGCAUGACCCCAGUCCGCCCACAGUGGAAGACUUUAACACCCACCUCCCCCUCUCCCUGCCACCGUCCCACCUGCCUUACUGCAGUAUGGAGGACGACGAUGACGAGGAAGACGAUGAGGAAGAAGAGCCCGACUAUGGUGUUAGUCUGGAGAGCGACCAAGACCAAGACCAGGACCUGACCAUGGUGCCGCCGGGCCACCGCACAAAGCGACGCCCCAGUGCCAGCGCUCUGGUCCUGCAUAAGGCCCUGCGAGGGCAGCUGCGCAAGAUGAGCGGUGUUUUCAACUCACUGCUGACGCCUGAGAAGAGGGCGAUUCGCAGGGUGCUGGAGCUGUCCCGGGAUAAAGGCUCAUACUUUGGCUGCCUGGUGCAGGACUACCUGAGCUACAUGAGGGAGGGUGCGGGCACCCAGGCCUGGCAGAGCUACGCCUCCGGACUAGAGCUGCUGCAGACUCUCCGCCAGUUCAUUACUCAGAUGAAGAGCUACCUGCGACAGAGCUCCGAGUUGGAGCCACCACUCGAGAGCCUCAUUCCUGAAGACCAGAUCGACCAAGUCCUGGAAAAAGCCAUGCACAAGUGCGUCCUAAAGAGCCUGAAACCGGUGGUGAGCGCCGCCCUGCAGGAGUUCCAGGUGCGCAGUGGUGAGUGGCAGGAGCUAAAGGAGAACCUGGCGUUGGCCAAGUCCCGGCAGCCACAGGAAAUGGGCGUGGCCGACGCACUGCCGCCAGACCCCGUGGCCAUAGAGAAGAUCAAGCACAAGUUCCACACCAUGAGUAAGCUGUACUCUCCUGAGAAGAAGGUCACCAUGCUGCUGAGAGUCUGCAAGCUCAUCUACACCAUAAUGGAGGACAACUCAGGUCGUCUGUACGGUGCUGAUGACUUCCUGCCCAUGCUGACCUAUGUGUUGGCCCAGUGUGACAUGCCCCAGCUGGACAACGAGAUCCUUUACAUGAUGGAGCUGCUGGACCCCUCUCUGCUCCAUGGGGAAGGUGGCUACUACUUGACCAGCGCAUAUGGAGCCAUGUCCCUGAUUCGAAACUUCCAGGAGGAGCAGGCAGCCAAAGUGCUGAGCUCUGAAACCAGGAACACCCUCCACCAGUGGCACCGCCGACGCACCACCCAGCGCUCGGCCCCGUCCAUUGAUGACUUCCAGAACUACCUGCGGGUGGCGCUGCAGGAGCUGGACAGUGGCUGUACUGCCAAGACCAUAAAGGUCCGCCCGUACGCCUCAGUGGAGGAGGUGUGCCGCCUGUGCGCCCAGAAGUUCAAAGUGUCAAACCCUGAGAACUACGGCUUGUUCUUGCUGAUGGAGGGCAACAGCCAGCAGCUGGCACCGGACACCCAGCCUCAGAAGAUCAAAGCAGAGCUCCUCAGCCGUUCGCAGGCCACUCCCUUCUACUUUGUCUUCCGCCGCAUGGCCAACAGCAACGCCUCGCCGACAGAGUCCCUCAAUCUCACACCCAACCUCAACAGCCUCACUGUGGCCGCAAACCCCCACGCAAACCUGAAUCAGCUCAGCAUAGCUAUGUCCUCCUCCCCCCAGCCCAAUCUCAGCUCAGGUCUCAGCCCCACUCUGAGCCUCAGUCUGCCGCCAAGCCACAUCAAAAGCAGCUCUAUAUCUCUAUGACUGUAACAGAGUGUGACCCAUGGAUGUAUUAUAAGACCUGGAUGCAGCUUUAUUGGCCAAGCCCCGUUCAUUCCUAUGGGAUUUGUUUUGUGGUCCAUCCGCCAAAACGUGUCUAAGCUUGUAGGUUUGCUUCCGUGAUACGUGACCACUGACUAUGCCCAACAGUGUUUCUCUUGCUCGGCAUAGACUUUUUGAAGUGCUUUUCUUGACUUAAGGGAAGGGAAAGAAAAAAAAAGAAAAAAUCCAUGGAUUAAAAAGUUCAGAAUAAAAAGAGUCAUAACCAAGCUUGUUUGCAGUUGGAAGUGUCCUUGGCAGCAGUUUUACACGUUUCUUUUACAAUAGUGGACUAUGGAGGAAAUCCUUGCUGAGUUGCAGAGGAAUUUUUUGUUGCAAUACGGCCAGUGGCCAGUGGACAAAACCAGUGGAGGGGCUGAGUGCUGUAUAUCGGGGGCCUGGUUUAAACGGGGGUUUUGCCUCCCAGCAGUGACAGUUUGGACCAUUAUCUCUAACAAACAGGGUUCUACGAGACCUAAAUAGGUUCAACCGGGCUGUGUAUCUUCACACUCUGACUUCUCCUUUUGGAUGGCACGUCUAUCUCAAUCCCACUUGCUGGAAAGUUCGGUCAGAAGACACUAGUGAAAGAGAAAAAGAAGAAAGGAGGAGAAGAAAUGAAAGAGAUUAUUUUGUUUACUUCCUUGGUUGGCUCUAUAUCUUGCAUCAGAGCAUCACUUUGCUGAACACAACUCUUAAACAGUUAAGGUAGAGAUGUUGGUGAUAAACUAAAGGUCACACCAACACUAAAAUGUUUUUUUGCAUAUUCAGGGUCAGCUGUUCUUGUUCUUACCUUUAGAGUAAAUAGAGCUCUGAUACAUGUGAGACUAUUAUUUGGUCAAUCCUUUUAAAUAUACAACAGAUGGUUUAUUUAGGUGAUAGGUGUGUAACUUUGAUUUACUUAUAACAGUUGCUGGUAAACUGUUAUCAUGUUGUUUGUGUUUUGAAACUGUUAAUCCUCCAGAUUGUUUCUAUGUUUUGAUGGGUGUGGCGACCCCCAGUGGUGGCUGUUGCACAAAGCAAGAGUCCCAUCUGAAAGAGAACAGUGAUGGCCUCAGGUGGGAAGCAACACACAUUACUGCAACGCAAUACAUUGUACUGCAACAAAAUCCACCAAAAUUCAAAAGAAGAAGAACUCAACUGAAAAGCUACAACCUUAAGGA